UGUCAUUAUCGUCAUCCGGGUUAUUUCAGAAGCCAUCUUAGGUUUCUUCACCCAAAAAACGCAGCUGAAAAAAAUUUGGUGUAAAACUUUCGUUAUUUGAUUUGAUUUGAUUUAAAUAACCACCAACAACAUUAUAAAGUUGUGGUUUACUCUUUAGAUAACACUACUUCAACAGUGGCCCCUCAAUUGUGCUCGCUUUUCUCUAUUAAUUUCUCUUCUCCCCCAGACAUCCGUCUCUCCCAUUUCAUCCAACGUUCACAUCAACCGUUUCAGUUUUAUUGUCUUUUUUCAAUAUCAACCAGGAAAUAACUUCAAAAGUCUGUAAAAAUAAUUAAUAAUAAUGGGUCGGAAAAAGAAGAAGCAGUUGAAACCUUGGUGCUGGUACUGCAACAGAGAAUUUGAUGAUGAAAAGAUUCUCAUACAACAUCAAAAAGCAAAGCACUUCAAAUGCCAUAUAUGUCACAAGAAACUUUACACGGGGCCUGGUUUAUCGAUACAUUGUAUGCAAGUUCAUAAGGAAAAAGUUGAUAAAGUUCCCAAUGCAUUACCUGGUCGGAAUAACAUAGAAAUAGAAAUCUAUGGAAUGGAAGGAAUUCCUGAAGAAGAUAUGAAAGAACAUGAAAAACACAAACUUGGAAAAGGAGAUAAUCGGCAGCCGCAAGCAGACAGUGAUGAAGACAGCAACAGUUGCCCCGCUAACAACACUUACUUCAAUGGAGGUCAGGUACCAGUUGCUGCAAUGCCACCUUUUGUUCCACCAGGGGCUCCUAGUAUGCCUCCUCUUCCUCCAGGACCGGGACCAGCUGGGCCAUUAGGGCCAAUAGGACCAAUCGGUCCAAUGGCACCAAUGCCUCCUGUUGGCCCUAUGGGACCAAUAGCACAAAUGGGAAUGCAUCCAAACAAUGGUCCUGGUAUUCCCACAAUGGCUGUUCCUCCACGAGGAAUAAUGCCUCAAGUGUCAAGACCUCCAAUUUCCUCACAGUCUAUAACUUCAACACAGAAUGCACCAGCAAAACCUCUUUUCCCCGCUGCAGCAGCUGGACAGACACAGACUAGCACAUCGCGACCAGUUGGACCAGAUUUCAAACCCACCACAGCUAUAAGCCAAGCAAUGGCACAGAUAAAACCAACAUUUCCUUCAGCAGCUGCUGUCACAACAUCAAUCUCCCCCAGUGCCACAAUAUCAGGAGCACCUAUUAUCCGUAAACCAGAAUCAGCAUCAGGGUUAACGUCGAAGUUGAUGCAUCCGGAUGAAGACAUAUCGCUGGAAGAAAGACGUGCCAGUCUCCCUAAGUAUAAAAAAGCCACUCAGUCGCCUCGGCCUGUACAAGGUAUGAUGACAUCUGGAAUGCUGUCUGGCCCGAUUCUCACUCGAAUGCCAGCCACUGUGCCACCAGCAAUAGGCAUUCGUGCUCCUUACAACCCAUAUCCACGUGGUGUCAUAAUGAAUCAACCAGCAACGACAACACAAUCACCGCAACAAGCAGGGAGGUUCUAAAUGUUAUGUUAGAGCUGUUUAUUUUCUUUUUUCUUUCUCUCUUUUUUUUCUUCCUCUUCUUCUACUUCUCCCUCCUUAUUGCCACCAACUUAGAGUGUCCACCUCAUUGGUGAGUGUCACAACGGGAAUCACUAAAUUCUCUAGCAGUGACAGUCUGAUUGGUAAUUACAGCAGUAAUUGGUAAGCUCGUCAAUACUACUAUUAUUAUUAUUCUUCAGCUUGGGCUUGCUGCUGCUACUGCUGUUCUUGCUGGUUGGCUCAAGUCUUCAGCUGCUAAACCUGUUAUUCCUCCUGCUCCCUUGCCCCUCGUUCUUAUUUCACAAUCAUUUUGUGACUGUUCACUCCUUGAGAAAAAAGAAAAAAAAAAAACAAGCAAAUGUAUAUUUUUUUCCUUUUUUUUUUAAAUUUUUUUUAUUAAAUACCUCUCCAUUAAACAAA